UAAAAAAAGUACUUUAACUUUCACUUGCCUCUUAAAUUUAAAAACAGAAAAUUCAACUAUUCAAAUUAUAAUUUCUUGUAAUCAUUUAUCUCAUUAUAAGUAUUAGUGAUGGAGAAAGAAGUGAAUAAUAUUUUGGAGACAUUAAAGGAAUUACAGUGUCCUUUUGCUGGCAAUGGAAAAGAUCAAUGGCUUACUGACAUUUUAUUUAAAUCAAGUUUUGAAAGAUAUAACUUAAUGCAAUGGAUUCUUGAACAAUUAGGAAUAAAUGAUUUAGAAUUAUCCCAAAAUGAAAAAUCAUUAGAAAGUAAAAUUCAAAGUUUAACUCGUAUUUUUUCUGCUAUUGGUGUUUGCAGUGCUGAGGAUUCUGAAAUUAUUGAAGGAACUGCAUCAAAAAGGAAACAGCUGACUUUUUGGAAUUUUCUCUGCUGCAUGCUAUCAAAAAGAAAUGAGCUUGGUAAUUUAGGAUGUGAUAGCACAAAUUCCAAUGAUAGUGAUUCUGAAAGAAAUAUAUCAAAACAGUAUGAACAUACAACUCAAUAUAUUAACAAUGUUUGCAAAUUUGUUAAUCUUAUUGAUAGUUUUGAGAGGAAACUGCUGCUUUUUCCUCCCCACCUAAGCAAAGAAAUUAAAGAAUUAUGUAAAACAAGUGGUGGUUCUCUUACUGCAGAAGAAAUUAAGGAAAUUUAUUUUAAAAGAUACGGUGAACCAAAAGUGGAAACAGACAUUAACCAUUAUACAACUGUUCAACAAAAAAAUAUAGAAUUCGAAGAGAUAGAGAACGAAAUAAUUCCUGAAGAGGUUGCUCUGAGUAAAACAGAAGAUAACAUUGCAUUGUCUCUAAAGAAUCUUGAAAAUUUAGCAACUACCUUUGACAGUGUUUAUAACAAUUUAAAACCAUUCUUAUCAAAUGUUAAACCUGAAGAAUUCAUUGAUAUAGGACCAGCAUUUAAGGCUACAGAUGAAAAGUUAAAUUCUCUUUUAAAAGUGAAAGAUUCAGCUACUUCCCUAAAAUCUUUGGAUUCAGAAUUAGAAAUUUUAAAAACUGAUAUUUCUGGUCUUCAGAUUGCUUCAAAAUACUUAUCAGAUGAUAAACUAGGAGAGUAUUUAGGAAUUCUUUCUCAGGCAAAAGUGUGAAAAUAACCUCUAUUGCUUCCUGUUCAAAAUCAGACUUAUCAAUGUUAUUUAUUUUGUUUAUAUUGUUGUAACCUCUAUUGCAUUUAUUUGUAUAUAAAAAUGUGUCUUCUCAA